AUGGAAGAUAAUAUUCUAUUAAAAGCCGAUUCAUAUAAAAUUUCUCAUCAUUCACAAUAUCCACCAAAUAUAAAUAUUGUUUACGCUUAUUUGGAAAGUCGUGGCGGUGAUUAUCCUGAACAAGUAUUUUUUGGUUUACAAUAUAUAUUAAAAAAACAUUUAAUUGGACAAGUUGUUACGAAAGAAAAACUUGCUGAAGCAACAAAAUUUUGGACGGAACAUUUUGGACAUGAUUACAUUGAAAAAGAAAUGUGGGAAUAUAUUAUUGAAAAACAUAAUGGACAUUUACCAAUACGUAUAAAAGCUGUCCCGGAAGGAACAGUAGUACCAACUGGAAAUGUUCUUAUGACAAUUGAAAAUACAGAUCCAAAAUGCCCGUCAUUAACAACCUUUUUAGAAACAAUAUUACUUCAAGUUUGGUAUCCAAUAACAAUCGCAACAAAUUCUAGAGAAAUAAAAAAAAUUCUUUUAAAAGCAUUAGUACGAACAGGUGAUCCAACAUUAAUCAAAAAUCAAAUGCAUGAUUUUGGUUUUCGUGGUGUAUCAUCAUACGAAACAUCAGCUAUUGGAUCAUGUGCACAUUUAACAUCAUUUUAUGGCACAGAUACUAUAUCUGGUUGUGUAUUAGCUAAAAACUAUUAUUCAGCUCAGGAAAUAGCUGCUCAUUCUAUUCCAGCAUCCGAACAUUCAACAAUGGUUAGUUGGACACGUGAAAGAGAACACGAUGCUUAUAAAAACUUUUUAGAAAUUUAUCCAACUGGUACUAUUUCUUGUGUAUCCGAUUCAUAUAAUAUUUACAAUGCUUGUGAACAUAUAUGGGGUGAAGCUUUACAUGACCAAGUUAUGGCACGUGAUGGUACCUUGGUUAUUCGUCCUGAUUCAGGUAAUCCACUGGAAGUUCUUGAACGUUUAUUAAAUAUCUUAUAUGCAAAAUUUGGUGGAAUUACCAAUGACAAAGGUUUUAAAGUAAUUGAUAAACAUGUUCGAAUAAUUCAAGGUGAUGGUGUUAACUUAAAAACAAUUCAUGAUAUUGUUAAUUUAAUUGAAAGAAUCGGUUUUUCAACAGAUAAUCUUGUAUUUGGUAGUGGUGGUGGUCUUUUACAAAAAUUCGAUCGUGAUACAAUGAAAUUUGCUAUUAAAUGUUCCUAUGUUGAAAUAAAUGGUAUUGGUUCACCAGUUGCUAAAGAUCCAAUUACAGAUAUGGGCAAACGUAAUAAACCUGGUCGUUUAAAAUUAAUUAAAGAUCAUGAUGAUAGUUAUCGAACAAUAAGUAAUAUUGAUCAUAUUGACGAAUAUGACAAAGCUGAUGAUCAACUUGUAACUGUUUAUGAAAAUGGCAAACUUUUACAAGAAUAUUCACUUGAAACUAUACGAGCUACAUGUGAUAUAGAUAUCGAUCGAUUAGAUUUUAUGCAUAUUAUGCAGACUCAUUAA